ACAUUAAAUUCUAAAAUGAAAAUAAAUAUUUUGAAUUUUUUAGUUAAAAUUGUGAAGAUUGACCCUGUUCUGUCUCGAGCAGUAAAAUAUGAUAGAGAAGAUUUGUUUAGAAGAUUACUAGAACUAAAUCUUAGGCAUGAUUCAACAGCGUAUCAUAAAUCUAGAACAUUUGAAUCUCUGCUGGCUUUUCAAACAAAGCAUCGGAAUACAGCUGGUGGAGAACAGACCAUCAAGACGGCAAAGUCCUUGGACAUCACCAUCACGGCGGACUUUCUCCAGGAGUUUGUCAACUUGAAGAAGACCAUUGAGGAGGAGAAAACACAGAACUCCUUCACUAAAUUUUCAGAAUCUAUCAAAAACAUUUUUAAAAUAAAAUAAAAUUUACAAAAAAAAACACGCAUUAAAACUGGGUCGGACAAAUUGGUUUUCGGAUUUUCAAAAAUUUGUUUGGUGGUAAAAAGGAUUAUAAAAAUGUUGAAAAGGAUAAAAAAGGAUAAUAAUUGAAUUGUAAGCUUUAACUUGGUGUUCUUGUAUAGCUUGUGGUAGACGGAAAGCAAAUUAAUGAAUUUAUAAAAUCUUGAAGAUUUUUUUGUUCAGCCAAAUUGAUAAUUUUGUCGCAUAUCCUCCCCCCUUUUUAGCAAUAUUUCAUCCAAGUUUUUAUUUUGAGUCCUUAUGUUUCUAAUCAUGACAAUCAAUAAGUAACUCUAUUUAAAAU